AUGGCUGUCACCUUGGCCGAAAUGCAGGAGGGGCGAGCCUGCGCCGCUUUCGAUGUGGACUAUGACAAGACCUACAUGAACAUCUUGAGCCCUGAGGGAUAUAGCCAUGCGCUUUACCAAGUCUUGAGACUUGAACGGGGUUCAUCUCUGACGUUAGCUCCAGUAUGUUCCAGCUUCGUUUGGGUGUCACGGGGCACAACAAAGCGCUCAUCCAGUUGUCCAGAAGGAGAUCCUUCAGUGCGAUGUGUUCAAGAAGGUCAACCUUUCAUCGAAGGGAUCUACGAUUUUAAGCCGGUCCGACUGCCAGCAAAACCAAAGUUGGCCCUUGUGAAGAAGUAUGUCGACUCUAAGGGGAUCAACCGAGUCAAGGGCUCACGCCACCUCAAAGGGAGCCAAUCUUACACUCCCCAGUUUGGCCGUGCAUUGGCACGGCUGAGGACCCGGCACCAAGCUGAAGUCCAAAAGAAAGCAGCUGCGUUCCUCCAAGCUGCUGGGCGCCAGCGACAGCCCAGAAAGAUGAGUUCCGACUUUUCAUCUUGGGUCAAGAAAGCCAACUUGAACCCUGGCCAUGCCGUGAGUGGCGAUCCACCCAAAACCAGGGUGUCAGGAAAGUCAAAGCCAGUUGCGAAUGCAAGGGUGAGCCCAAGUACAGCUAGCACUGCGACUUCUUCACAAAAGUCCUUUGUCUACAAGACCCCCUCUGACAAAGGCACGGCUGCCUUGAAAUCACCCCCGGAGGUGAAGAAGACUAGGAAGGGAGACAUGGAGAAGAAAGACACGAAGGCAAAGAAGGACGACAAGAGAAAGGCUGAGAAGAAGACAAGAGAGGAGAAGAAAGGUCAAGCACGUCGUGAUGAUGAUGGCAUUGUUGAUCAAAUGGUCAAAAAGAAUGCCGAAUCAGAGCUUAAGGUUGAGAGUCGUGGCGCCAAGCGCAAAAGUGAGGCAGAAGCCAAAGAAAGGAAGGCCAAGGCAGCAAAGACAGAGAAGGCAGAGAAGGUAGAGAAGAAGGAGAAGAGAUCAGAACAGAAGACACCAGGAGGGAAGAAGGAGCAUCAGAAGGAAAAGACCGGUAAGAAAGAUAAGAAGGAGAAGAAGGAGAAGAAGGAGAAGAAAGACAAGCAAUGUCGCAAGGAGUCAAAAGAAGGUCAGAGCACAGCUGCGGCUGCGAAGGAGAGAAAGGAGAAGAAGGAAAAGAAGGAGAAGCCAGGAGCGGAUGAAGAUAUCGAUCAACUGAUCGCUGAGGUUGAAGCUAUGACAGAAGAAAAGACUGAUGAGAAGGAAGAAGAGGAAGAAGAGGUAGAGGAUGCAGGAGAGGAAGAAGAGGGUGAAGAUGACGAGGAUGGAGAAGAUCAGGCAGAGAGUGAGGCAGAAGGCGAAGAAGAGGAGGAGGAAGAAGAUGACUCGCAGGACAUUGAAGAUCUCUUGGGUGAGUUGGAUGCUAAGUACAGCCCCACUGGUGACCAGUCAGAUCUUGAAGGCCUUGAGGAUUCCCAGAAUAGUCAUGGUGGAUCUGAACCCAAUACCAGUGACCUUGACAGCUCUGAUGAGUUGUCCUCCAACUCGUCAGCGCAUGGUGAUGACGCUGGGGCCCCUGCUGUCCCUCGUCCCGAAGAUGGAGCCAUUGUUCCGGUGACUCCUGCCGAUCAUCGCCCAGGCGUGACCAACAAGAAGGAGUGGGACACGUUCAGCCGGGAGAUUCUGUCAAAGAAGAAGUUUCCGGUAAAGCUGACAGAACAUUUGCAGCGGGACAAGGUCGAGGUGUUUAACAUUUGGUUGCAGAACGGCAAAGACCUUCAUGAGGUGGCAUUGCACAUCGAGCGGAAAGCCCAGACUGUCAACCGUGUUGGUUCCGGCCGUGAAGGCACGAAGUUGCGAGAUCUGGAGGCCAAGUACCCCAAGGAGAAGGCACAAAAGCUGGCGGCCCUUCUCAAGAGCCGCGGGCUAUGGCAUUGGGACCCGGAUUUCCCAAAUGAUGAGGAGGAGAUCUACUACUAUGCAGGCAAGGGAAAGACCGUUUCCCAGGAGAAUGUCACAAAGGAAAGCGUUGCUUUGAAAGGAGUCACCAACCCGGAUCAAGCCACCCUGGCAGACUUGACUGGUGAGGCCGGUCCUUUAGCUGCUGGGGCCUUGCCCCAUUUGGAAGCUGGCCAAGCCGACGGCGACAAGAACACCUGGGAAGCUGUCACAAGCUCUGCGCUGGCCAAGCGAAAGGCUACCAAGCCCAACACCGAACCAGCUCAGCCAGUUGUUCCCAAAACGUUGGAAGAGAACUGA